UGAAAAUGAGAAUAAUAAUCAGAAUGAGAAUGGGAAUAAAAUGAAGGAAUCAGAGCUAAAUGAGAUCACUAACCGUAGUAUUAGUGAUGAGAUGGAGUGUAAAAAAGUCGAUAUGAAACCGCCGGUUUCGGAUUUCGAUAUAAUCAGCAUCUAUGCGGAGAUAUCAAAGUUGAGCACCAUAGAGCGUUAUCUGAAUAUGCUAUAUCGUCCCUCCACUUGCUUUGUGGCCACGAACUGCCACUUUAAGCUCUCUGAUCUGGACUACUUUCUGUCGGAGACACGCUAUGAGCCGGAAAAGCACUCGGCUCUGUUCAUACGGCUCUCGAAUCCGACGUGCAGCUUACGGCUUUACGAUAAUGGCAACAUCUGCUCCAAGGCCUAUUCCUACAAAAGCGCCGCUCUAGGCAUACGUCGUCUCAUUGGCACCAUAGAGCAUUUAGGGUAUUCGCUCGUGUUUCAAAAUCCCUGCUUCAAUGUGGUCAAUGCGACGUUCUGUUUGCCAUUCUGGAUCGAUUUGGCACUGCUAAGCUUGGAGUACUGUGAGGAGUGCGACUACAAGCCCCAAACAGAGCCAUAUCUAAUCUUCAAGAUUCGCAACUCAACCACUAAGCUGGCCAUCUUUAACAACGGCUUUAUCUUUGUGAUGCUCUCGUCGAUGCCGCGCCACACCCAGCAGGCAAUCACCUUUAUAAUGCCCAUUCUCUUCCGGCAUAGAGAUGCUGAAAGAUCUGUGGAUACAGAGCUGAGCAUCGGCGACAUUAAUUUCAAAUUGCUCUGGGAAAAUGAGUUCCAGCUGCUAUACCAAAGCUCCAUCAACUAUUCCAAAUGAGCAACAAUGUUGAUGUUAGCUCUUUUCCUACUUCUUAUUGUUUCUCUUCUUGUUGGUCAACUUUUAUUUUUGAUACAUGAAAGUAAAACUUUCUAUAUCCAGUUUAUGCUCAUAAAUGUCGAAAUGCACCGCCCGGAGUAGAGGAAACUUUUUUGGCUUAGUUAUUUCAAUGAGAAGAGCCGUUGCGCCAACACACUCGCGCAACCACAUACACGAACACACACACACACACAAAUUAUUUA